CAAUAAAAUAAAAGCGAGCUUCAGUGGCCUGGUAAUUGGCAAAAGAUGAGUGGCCUGGGUCCUGCAGCCUGCUGGCUGGCCCACAAGCGCAUCGAAUCCUGGUCCCGGAUGGCCAAGGAGCGUGUGGGUGCGGUGCGCCGGGUCACCCUCGACCGGAAUUCGGCGGACGAGGGAAGUGCUAGUGGGAGUGGGGCUGCCUCCACUGCAGGCGCCACUGGCGGGGGUAACGGGGUGGUGCACACCCUGCCCAUGAUCGGCGAUGGUGGCUCGGGGGGCGGCACCACCCCGCCGCCACAGCCGAUGACUCCGCCGCCCUCGGCCUCGUCGGUCACCUCGACCACCAGCGGCAUUGGCAGCGUAUCGGCCGGUAGUGUCAGCGACAGCUGUGAUUUGCCCACGGACUCGGAGGAAGUGGCCAUCGCCAAGGAAUGCCAGCCCAUUCAGCCGGCCAGCCAGAUGCAUGGAAUGGGCGGCAUGGGGCUGAAUCAUCAUCACAUGGGCACCGUCUCGGCCACCGGAACGGAAAUCUUGCGCGGACCCGCCGAAGUAUUCCACAGUCCGCUCCACUUGCACCACCAGAGUCGCUCCUUCCCGCCGCGUCUCCAGCGCACACCGUCCAUCUCCAGCCAGAGCAGCGUGGAUAGUGCUCCCUCCAGGCACUCGGGUCAUCGCGGUUCUUCACCACAGAUUCGCACCUUUGGACCGGACGGACGUAGUUCGCUGCCGAGUGAGCCGGCUUUUCCCCAUCACCUGGCCAGAUCCCCGAGCCCCAUGCGCACCAUUUCCCUGGAUGCCCGUUGCGGCAGCCCGGCCCACUCCGUCACGGAUCCGGGAGACAUGCGUACACCCAGUCCGUCGCAGAGCAGCCUGGCAUCCUUGGCCGGAGCCUCGGCCAUCGUGAGUGGCAGUUCCGGAAAGGGCGUGGGAGUGGCCGGAGGACGAUGCCUUUCGCCGUUACUGAUACCACCACGAUCUCAGCCAGGAGUAGAUCCCAGUGUGGGUCCCGCCUCGCCCCUGGGCGCCCUACAGCCGGACUUGUAUCGUUUGCCGGACGGACCCGUGUAUCUGACAGCCCCGGAAUCGAGUCAUGCCGUGGGACGUUUGCACCUGCGAGUGAAAUACGAUUAUCACCUGUUUGAUUUGACUGUGCAUCUAAUUGAAGCUCACAAUCUCAGUCCCAUUGAGGAGGGCGGUUUCCGAGAUCCGUAUGUGCGGCUGAUGCUGCAACCGGAAGUGGACAGCCGUAAACGACAGACCCACAUCCAUCGCGGUGAAUCCAAUCCGUACUUUGACCAGCAUUUCAAGUUUCCGGUUUCCCGUGAUCAGCUCCAGGGCAAGGAGCUGAUCCUCCAGGUGCUCGACUACGAUCGUUAUUCGCACAACGACAUAAUUGGCGAGGUUCGCAUUUCGGUGGAUGGCUUGGAUUUGUCCAAAUCUGUAGAGAUCUGGGGUGACUUGCUAAGGACUAAGAAACCCAAGGAGGAUAGACCAGAACUACUGUGCUCUCUGAACUAUUUGCCUCAAGCCGAGCGUUUGACUGUCAACAUCAUGAAGGCUAGGAACUUGGACACUGUUCAGGAACCAUACGUAAAGAUCUAUCUAAUCCAGAACGGCAAACGCAUCAAGAAAAAGAAGACCAGCAUUACGAAGUCGGACGAUCCCACCAAUCCCAUUUGGAAUGAGGCGUUCACCUUUAAUUUGCAAUCAAAUUAUCUCCACAAUGCAGCCAUCGAGAUCUAUGUGGUCGGAGCCGGGAGCGAGGCAACGGAAAUUGGAUGCUGCGGAUUGGGGCCCCAGGAGAGUGGAACUGGAUGCCAGCACUGGCACGAUAUGAUUAACAAUGCCCGGAAACCUACGGCCAUGUGGCAUUACAUCCGUUAAAUAAUUUCCACUUCCGAGGGUUAAUUUGGCGCGAUUGUAUUUAACUCUAACUGUUACCUUAUCUGUGUGAAUUUUCUAUGCAUUUUCCAAACCAAAAAAAAAAAAGCUUAAAUUGUUCAUAUUCGCAAGAAAACAUAAAAACCCAAAAAAAUCAAAAUCUCAUCUAUGAAUGUACAAUAUAUAUACACUGAAAAUAACUUACUAAAACUAAAAACUAUGCAGAAGUUUGCCCUCCAAGAAGCUCAAUCAAAAGUUCCUAAGCAACGAAAAUUAUUCAAAUGCUGGCCGGAUAAUUGAUUUAAAGGAUUUUUGUUGUGCAUUUUAUGCAGCAACCUCUCAACAAAUUAGCAAAAACCAAACCAUAAAAAACACAACUCGAAAAUAUAAAAGAAUACAGAAAACUGUCAACCAGUCCUGUUGACAUUUCAAUCGACGUCGUCAUCAGACACUUGAGGAGCCUGCCUCCGGCUCCUUGUUAACCUGGGGAGUAUUCAAGUGUGCAUUUCUUAAAUAAAUAUGAAUACACCGCACACAAGGAAUAAUAUUCGUAUAGGUGAAUGGUCGUCAAUCAUGCAAAAAAAAAAAAUUAUAAGAAAAUAUGAAGAGGGAAAAGGGGAACCCAACCCUGACUUGAGUUUGCUUAGAAGGAGUCGCUCUUUUGUGACGGCGACAGUUGACAAAUUGCCAUCGUCCUGUUGUGCCGUUGUCCUUUUGCUGUGCGAUCCUCUGUGUGUUUUUUUUCUUCAACUGGUCGUCAACUGUUUGACAGUUUUUCUCCCACAGUGAGAACUUAUGCUAAUUGUUAAGUUAAGUAUUCCUUCCAGCCGAGUACGUCUAUCAAGGGUAACCACAAAGCAUUUCUGCAUCACUUUAGACCUAUUUUGUAUGUACUUACAACGAGAGCAUAAAUAAAUAUGUAUGAUGGGGGUUUCACGAUUUCUUUCGCAUAAAUCUAUGAAUCGGUGUUAUCGGUGUUGUCGUAUGAUAUAUGUGUAUGGGAAAUCCGACCCUAUAAUGUGUGUAAUAUAUGCUACUUAAUCCGUAUAAAUAUCGCAGCAAAACUAAAUGUAUGUAACUUAAACUUAAACAAAGACUUGAAAAACACAAAUAGCACUGCACGUGUUAACUAGAAAAAAGAAUGCAUGCUAGCCAGGUGCCAGCAUAGAAAAAUAUAUAUACAUAUAUACACAAAACAUAAAUAUAUAUAUUAACUUUACUUAUACAAGUUUUUCUAUAAAAAAAAUACACAAAACUCUAUAAAUUGUUUCAAUCCUAUGACAGACGUCACACAAACAACAUUGCUGACAUCAAAAUAGAAAACCGAAACAAAAGAAUAAAUGCUGAAAUACCUCCGAUUUAAGCGAAACUUUGUUACUUUACAACUCUUAGAUGAAACAUGAAAAUAUGCAAAACAAAAACUUAAAACUCGGAAAGCAAAGCGAAAUGUACAAACCUGCAUAUACAAAAAUAUAUUUCCUAAAACUUAGUGUUUAUUUAUUGUAGCCUGAAGGAGACACUGUUUGAAACUAAACCAUGAAUAGAGGAGCAACACCACCUAAAAUAUAAAUAUACACAUGGAAACUAAAAAAACAACCUAUAUUCAUAUGAAUAAAAUGUAUAUGUAAACCUAUA